AUGGCAGUAUCAACAAGUCACUUCAGAUCGCUCUGUGCGUCAUCAAGGUCCCUGUCGCGAACCGGAAUCGUUGCCCCCAUCAGCUGCCGUGGUUAUGCUACAACAGAACCCUCGCCGUCGGCCACCAGCACUACAACGACAACAACAGCACGCAGACGGACAACGUUCAAAGACAAAUUGAAUGCCGGCCCAUCGUUCGCAGACUUUGUCGGGAACGACAAUGCCCCUCUCGACCCCUCCGAAGCAUACGCUCUCAAGACCGCCCUCGUCGGGCCCGCCGGCCGCAAGAAGGAAAUGACUCGUCUGCCGUCAUGGCUGAAGACCCCGAUCCCCGACUCGAAGAACUACCAGCGUCUUAAGAAGGACCUGCGCGGCCUUAAUCUGCACACUGUCUGCGAAGAAGCGCGGUGUCCCAACAUCUCCGACUGCUGGGGUGGCAGCGACAAAUCCGCCGCCACGGCCACCAUCAUGCUGAUGGGCGAUACCUGCACCCGCGGCUGCCGAUUCUGCAGCGUGAAGACCUCGCGGACGCCGUCCCCGCUCGACCCGCACGAACCGGAGAACACAGCCGAAGCGAUCUCGCGCUGGGGACUCGGGUACGUGGUCCUGACCAGCGUUGACCGGGACGAUCUCGCGGACGGAGGUGCCCGGCACUUUGCAGAGACAGUGAUGAAGAUUAAACAGAAGGCACCCAGUAUCCUGGUGGAAUGCUUGACCGGUGAUUACGCGGGCGAUCUGGAGAUGGUGAAGCUGGUCGCUCGCUCCGGCUUGGAUGUCUACGCACACAACGUCGAGACAGUGGAAGCCCUGACGCCUCAGGUCCGUGAUCGCCGUGCCAACUUCCAGCAGUCUAUCCGUGUGCUCGAGGCCGCGAAGAACGCCCAGCCCUCGCUUAUCACCAAGACCUCGCUGAUGCUUGGCCUCGGGGAGACGGAUGAGCAAUUGUGGGAUGCGCUGCGCCAGCUGCGCGUGGUCAACGUGGACGUUGUCACGUUCGGGCAGUACAUGCGGCCGACGAAACGUCAUAUGGCUGUGCACGAGUACGUUACUCCGGAUCGAUUCGAGCUGUGGCGCCAGCGGGCGCUUGACAUGGGCUUCCUCUACUGCGCGUCGGGUCCUCUCGUUCGGAGCAGCUACAAGGCCGGCGAGGCGUUCAUUGAGAAUGUGCUGAAGAAGAGAAGAGCUGCCUCUGGAAGUACGGAAACAGUCGGCGUUCGGCCAGUUGCCGUGGAUGAGGUGACGCGGUGA